GCAGCUCAGACUGGUGAAUGGGGCAGAUCGCUGCUCUGGGAGAGUGGAAAUCUAUAAUGAUGGCAUGUGGGGAACAGUCUGUGAUGAUUUCUGGGACCUAUCAGAUUCCAAUGUUGUUUGCAAACAGCUUGGAUGUGGACGCACUCUUCUUUCAAAUCUCUCUGGACAUUAUGGGGAAGGAUCAGGGAAGAUCUGGCUAGAUGAUCUGAAUUGUUCUGGGAAUGAAUCCAAGCUCUGGGAAUGUCCUUCCAGAGGAUGGGAUCAACAUAACUGUCAUCACUAUGAAGACGUAGGAAUUCUCUGCUCAGGAAGCCAACAGGUCAAACUGGCGAAUGGGAUCGAUCACUGUGCAGGGAGAGUGGAGAUUUCUUACAAUAGCACCUGGGGAACAGUCUGUGAUGAUUCCUGGGACCGAUCAGAUGCCAGUAUCGUUUGCAAACAACUGAGAUGUGGACACGCCAUCAGUGCAACUGUCUCUGCUCAUUAUGGGCAAGGAUCAGGGCAGAUCUGGCUGGAUGAGUUAAAAUGCUCUGGAACCGAAUCCACGCUCUCAGAAUGUCCUUCCGAGGGUUGGGGGCAGCAUAACUGUGGGCAUCAUGAAGAUGCAGGAGUGCUCUGUUCAGGAAGCAAACAGAUCAGACUGGUGAAUGGAGCAGGCAGAUGCUCUGGGAGAGUGGAAAUUUAUUACAAUGACACCUGGGGGACAGUCUGUGAUGAUUCCUGGGACACAUCAGAUGCUAAUGUUGUUUGCCAAGAAUUGGGAUGUGGACACGCCAUCAAUGCACCUGGCUCAGCUCAUUAUGGGCAAGGAUCAGGGCAGAUCUGGCUGGAUGAUAGGAAAUAA